GCGGCCGCAACGCCAUGUUGGCGAAGUCUCUCAUCUCUGUGAGAAAAAAAUGAUAGAAAACAUACUUGUCGAGAAGAAAAGGUAGAUCGCCGAGGGAGGCUGAAGAUCGUGGCGAUUAUUUCUUUUGAAAGAAACGAACCGAGCCGGAUCCGCAGAGGUUCCGGACGGGCGAGGGAGGCUAAACCUCCCACCGUCCCCAUGAAUAGCACCGCUGAUCCGAACAGCGACUUUCCAUGAAAAAAAAGACGUUUGUGUUGCUAUUCGAGCUUCGUUAUCCCAGUACGUUAAAGGGAUUUGGGGCCUGCUUCAAGAAUCUACUACGCUUGCUCAAUGCAUGCAAGCUAGGCGUUGUUUGUAUCAGUAUUUAUUAAGGUAUUGUUUUUAUUUGUUGAUUUUUUUGCGAUGAGUUUGCCACCGAAAGUGGUCCCCAAACAAGCCGCUGUCGCAGUUAGCGGACCUGGAAGUGGCCCCUCUCCGUCGAGCCAACUGCGGGCUACCCUGACCCCCGGGUCCCUGCCGCCGGGAGCCCAAACAGCUCCUCAGCCCGGCGCUGUACCACCGCCUCAAAUCUCACGGGUUCAGCCAUCACUGGAUGACCGAAUCUUCCCCACACAGCCUGGAGUCGCAGUCUACAGCGUACCCAGGCAUGCUGGUCCUCCUUACACUGCUCACGACAUCACAAAGGGACACCCUAACUUGGCGGGCACCCCGCCCGGUCAUGCCCACUCCCCGGCGCUCUCUCAGGUAUCAGUACCCACAGCUUCCCCAUAUCGCUACCCUAAGGGCUGGGAGGCAGGCGGAGGGUCUCCGUACAACCCUGGACAAAAUGCUGGCUCCGCCCCUCUAGUGUAUUCUCCCCAGACACAGCCAAUAAAUGCACAGCCACAGAGUCGUCCGUUUGCUACGGGCCCUCGACCAACCCACCAUCAGUUUUUCCAGAGGACUCAGAUGCAGACUGCGAGGCCCACCAUCCCGACGAACACACCCUCCAUACGGCCAGGCUCGCAGACUCCCACAGCGGCUGUCUACCCCACUAAUCAACCAAUCAUGAUGACCAUGGCACCCAUGCCUUUCCCUUCCCCGCAGGCCCAGUACUACAUCCCACCGUUUCGCCACAGUACGCCCUAUGUAGGACCUCCUCAGCAGUAUUCUGUACAGCCUCCAGGGUCUGGCCCCUUCUAUACUGGUCCAGGGCCAGGGGACUACCCUGCCCCAUAUCAUCCCCUCAGGUACCACCCACCUGUCUCACCCUCUGUCCCUGCUCCCGUUCCCACAGCUGGUCCACCCUAUUACCCAGGACACUCUAUGUAUUCCCCCUCACCCUCCAUCAUAGUGCCUACACCACAGCAACCUCCACCAGCCAAGCGUGAGAAGAAAACAAUCCGUAUCCGUGACCCCAAUCAGGGUGGCAGGGAUAUCACAGAGGAGAUCAUGGCAGGGGGUUCAGGGAGCAGGAAUUCAACGCCUCCUGUCGGUCCCCCCUCCUCUACCCCCACCCCACCACAGCAGCAGCUGAGCAGCAGCCAGACUCCAGCGCAGUCGCAGCCUCAGCCUCAGCCUCAGCCUCAGCCUCAGCCUCAGCAGGCCCAACCUGGAGGCUACACGUUGGAGCCCCCACAGCCCCAACAGCCACAGCAGCCACAGCAGCCGUUGACAACAGGGGCUUCAGACACCAAACCAGGGCCAGAUGAUACGCCAAAACUGGAGCCAGUUGUCCAGAAGUCUUCCUCACCUGGGCUUGUGCAGCCUGAAGCCCCUGUGGAGAGACUGGAGGCCAACACACCUGUAACUGAGCCCACUUCUGCUGUUGAACAAGAGCUUCCCUUCCCCGCCUCGACGACCACCCCCGUCACUCCCCCACCUACAGCGGCCAACGCCAGUGAACGUCCCUCAGCCAGGGAGUCUGCUGCUUCAGCCUCUUCUCCCUCGUCCACAGUCGGGGAGCAGAAACCCUCUUCGACGCCAUCGCAGACUCCCAACACAGACAAGCCUCUUUCAGACGCCCCAAGAACUCUGGCUGCCUUGCCUGCACCAGCCCCCAAGGCUUUGAACGGCCUUGCAGAGUCCGGGACUGAGCUAGAGACCGCGGCUCAUGAGCCUUCUCUUAUGCCUCCUGCUGCACUCCAGCCCCAGCCCUCUGCUCCUGCUUACAGAGAGGCCACCUCCUCUGAAAAUUUGCCUUCUGACAUGAGACCAGAGGUUCCCAUUGCUGCUGCGCUUGCCCCGAUGGCACCUGUGGCUGUGGUGCCAGUCACCCUGACCUCAAGCCCCGCCCCAUCUUUGCCAGUUACGCUCCCCCCUGGCCUUCCGCCUCUAGUGCAGGCCACAACAGAGGCUGACGAGCCGAGCAAGUCCUUAGACACUAAAGACCUUGCCCCCAGAGUAGGGACAGAGGCACAUGGUGGCAUUACUGAUAGCAAAACAGAGUCCCAGCAUCAAGCACUCAUCAGGAAGAGUCCCACUACAGUAAACCAGACGGCUUCUGCUAUACCAAAGACCUGGAGGAAACCAAAUGAAGGGAUCUCUGCUGGAGACACACCUCAAAAGGAGGAUGAGGAUGAGCUGAGGCCAGUGGAUCAACCCGCUGGAGACCAGGCCCUGCAGUCAGCUCCACUGAGCAGCAGCCCUGUGCCCCUACCAUCAGUCUUCACUUCCACCCCUGCUGCAGCUCCUGCCAGCAGCCCAGAGGCUGACAGAAAGCCCGCUGCCCCCGAGGAGAAUGGUGAGACUGAGAUUGAGCCCAUGAGGAAUGGAGCAGGCCACACCUCAGAGACGGAGAGCAGCGACAGUGGAGCCACCCCCGGAGACAAGGAGAGCUCCACAGGGGCUCCACAGGACAUGGAGGACCUGGCCGAGCCCAGUGGGAAGCGUCAGUAUGACAGGGACUUCCUGUUGGGCUUCCAGUUUAUGCCUGCCUGCAUACAGAAGCCUGAGGGUCUCCCACCGAUCAGUGAUGUGGUGCUGGACAAGAUGAACCAAAACAAGUUGCCAUCUCGAGUGGUGGAUUCCAGGGUGAUUUCCAGAGGACCUGAUUUCACACCUGCCUUCGCAGAUUUUGGCAGGCAAAUGACCGGAGGACGAGGCGCUGCACUUAUGAACAUUGGUGCACGGCGGCCUCCACCCAGGAAGAUCAUCAUGAACGUGUCGGUGAAUGACGAUGUGCAGCUGAAAAAGUCAGAGAACGCCUGGAAACCGGGCUUGAAGAGGGAGAGUCCCGCAGAGGAUCCUGAGACACAGAAAACACAGGACCUCUUCAGAAAGGUCCGCAGCAUCCUGAACAAGCUGACGCCUCAGAAGUUCAACCAGCUGAUGAAGCAGGUGACAGACCUGACCAUCGACACAGAGGAGAGGCUCAAAGGCGUCAUCGACCUGGUCUUCGAGAAGGCCAUCGACGAGCCCAGCUUCUCGGUGGCCUAUGGAAACAUGUGCCGCUGCCUCGCCACGCUCAAAGUGCCCAUGACAGACAAACCCAACACCACAGUGAACUUUCGCAAGCUGCUGCUAAACCGCUGUCAGAAGGAGUUCGAGAAAGACAAGGUGGACGAUGUGGUGUUUGAGAGGAAGCAGAAGGAGCUGGACUCUGCUGCAUCGGUGACGGAACGCGAGCGUCUCCAGGAAGAGCUGGAGGAAGCCAAGGACAAGGCCCGGCGGCGUUCCAUCGGCAACAUCAAGUUCAUCGGCGAACUCUUCAAGCUCAAGAUGUUAACGGAGGCCAUCAUGCAUGACUGUGUGGUCAAGCUGCUGAAGAACCACGAUGAGGAGUCUUUAGAGUGCCUGUGCAGACUGCUCACCACCAUCGGCAAGGACCUCGAUUUUGAGAAGGCCAAGCCUCGAAUGGAUCAGUAUUUCAAUCAGAUGGAAAAAAUUGUGAAGGAGAGGAAGACGUCAUCUCGGAUACGGUUUAUGUUACAGGAUAUUAUAGACCUGAGAUUGCACAACUGGGUGUCCAGAAGAGCCGACCAGGGCCCGAAAACCAUCGAGCAAAUCCACAAGGAGGCGAAGAUUGAAGAGCAGGAAGAGCAGAGGAAAGUGCACCAGCAGUUGCUCUCCAAGGACAGCAAGAGACGGCCAGAUCCAAGAGAUCAGAGAGAUCAGAGAGAUCAGCGUGUACAGAGAGAAGAGACCUGGAACACUGUGCCCAUGACAAAGAACAGCAGGACCAUCGACCCCACCAAGAUCCCAAAGAUCUCUAAGCCUCAAAUGGACGAGAAGAUCCAGUUGGGCCCACGGGCUCAAGUCACGUGGGUGAAGGGCAGCAGCGGAGGAGCCAAGGCCAGCGACUCAGAACUAUCACGGACAGCAGGCCUCAACCGUUACUCUGCGCUGCAGUCCACACCUUCACCUCAACCCUCCACCACACCUCCACAGAACCCAGACUUUGACUCCAGGAGAACUCUGGGAAGUAGUCGUAGCAGUGCAGGCAGAGAGCGCAGCGAGAAGCCGCUGAUCUCUGCCCUGCCAUCAUCACGGCCCGGACCGUUCACCAGGGGAGGCAGUUCGAAGGAGCUGCUGGAGAGUCAAACCCCAGAGGAGCCACGAAGAGACCGGGAGCGAGAGGGAGGCGAGCCCCGGAGACCAAGUGUCACCGAGGAAAAAACGGAGCCAGAGCGCAGCCGAGUCAGAGAGCCUGCGAAACCUGAGCCUGUGGUCCAGACUCCGGACAGACCUGCCCUCUCUGAGGAGGAGAUAGAGAGGAAGUCCAAGUCCAUCAUCGACGAGUUCCUGCACAUAAACGAUUACAAGGAGGCAGUCCAGUGUGUGGACGAGCUCGAUUUGGGCUCUCAGCUGCACAUCUUUGUGCGUGUCGGGGUGGAGUCGACUCUGGAGCGCAGUCAGAUCACACGGGACCACAUGGGCCAGCUCCUCUUCCAGCUGGUGCAGCAGGGAAUCCUGCCCAAACCGCAGUUCUACAAAGGGUUUGCAGAAACGCUGGAGCAAGCGGACGACAUGGCCAUCGACAUUCCCCAUAUCUGGCUGUACUUGGCAGAGCUGCUCAGCCCUGUGCUGAGGGAAGGGGGCUUCUCUAUGAGAGAGCUCUUUAGUGAAUUAAGCAAACCUUUGCUUCCUGUGGGAAGAGCUGGGAUCUUAAUUUCUGAAAUACUGCACAUACUAUGCAAACAUAUGAGCCAUAGGACUGUGGCUUCUUUGUGGAGGGAAUGUAGCCUCAAAUGGACCGACUUCCUACCAGAGGGAGAGGACGUCCAGGCUUUCAUCUCACAACAGAAACUCCAGUUCGUUCAGUCGGACAGCUGCAACCCUGAGGCAGCUCUGUCUAAAAGGAUCUUGUCUCCUGAGGAGCUGAGACGACAGCUGGAAAGACUCCUCCUGGAGGACAUGGCCAGUGACGAGCAGAUCUUUGACUGGGUAGAGGCAAACCUAGAUGAAUCUCAGAUGAGCUCGUCUCCCUUCCUGAGGGCUUUGAUGACAGCUGUGUGUAAGGCAGCAGUGAAAGAUGAUAACACCAACUGUCGAGUGGACACGGCCAUCAUCCAGAGGAGAUUGCCUGUAUUACUCAAGUACCUUAACUCAGACACUGAGCGACAGCUGCAAGCACUUUAUGCACUUCAGGCGCUGAUCGUCACCCUCGAUCAGCCUCCAAACCUUCUCCGGAUGUUCUUUGACUGUCUGUAUGAUGAGGACGUCAUCUCCGAGGAUGCUUUCUACAGGUGGGAGACGAGCAAAGACCCCGCCGAGCAGCAGGGUAAGGGUGUGGCCCUCAAGUCUGUUACAGCCUUCUUCACUUGGCUGCGGGAGGCGGAGGAGGAGUCGGAAGAUAAUUGACGAGGGAGACACCCGGGGACAUGACGUAGUAGAACUGCAUCCUUACAGCAGAACAAACAUUCAGAAUGCGUGUGUGGGCAGGACGACAUGUUUACGGCUGGAAUUUUUUUCUGCGGUACGGUUCUGAAACAUGCCGCCAUUUUGAGUUUGGAUUCCAACGGCGGAAGCACUAAAUACCUGUAUUAUACAUAGAAAAUAUUUUUGUUUUAAAUUUUAACUUACGUUUCUUUUGUUACUUUUUAAGAAGAGACUUAAAAGAUACAUAGGUUCUGGACUCUUUAAUUUAUUAUUUUUUUAAGGACUGCAAAUAUGAAAGUUAUUUAACAUUUGCAGAUGCUCACAACAGAACAGAAAUAACAAUAUAAUUAAUUAUAAUAACAAAAAUAAUAAUUGUGAAAUGAAUAGCCUCCCUGGACUCCACACUGUUUGGUUUAAAACAGGGUAAAACAAAAUUAUUUUGGGAUGAAGGGGAAGCAGAGAUAAAAAGGAACUGUUAACAUUGUCCAUGUAUGAUGUUUGAGGUCAAGGGUUAUCUUCUAAUAACCAGAAAGCCUUGGCUUGCUCUGCGUUGAUAUGUACAUACACCUCAUGAGAGGUAGAGGUAUGCAUUCAAGAAGCGAUGCAAGUCAGUCCACAGAACUGUCAAAACAAACGCAGACGAACAAACCAGAUACAUUCAAAUGAAAUGAGCAAAAAUGCAAGUUUAAAAAGCAAAUGGCCAGGGUCGCUGAACAUGAAAUGCUUGUAAUACUUCAGACCUACAGAGCAGAUUAAAUGCUUGUAAAUACAUUAAAGACAAAAAGGUAUUUAAAAAAAAAAAGUUGAUUCUCAUGAUUUGUUCUUUGGAUGGUUGGUAUUUGGAGAUGUGAGUUUCCAGAUUUUGUGCUUUUGGUGGCUCAACUGCAUCUUAAUUUGUGUGUGUGUGCGUGUAAUAAAUUGAGGCAGUCUUUCAGCUGUUCUGUUUUGGAUAACACUUUAGCUUCUUCAGAAGAGCUGAGUGAUCUGACCAAGAGAAGCAGCUGAGGGACCCGCUGGCAUCCGGCCCAGGAUUCACUACAUGGGUACCACUCGAUCCUUUUGUCUGCUGAGUCACUGAAGCACCAGUGGCAUGUCUGUAGAAGUGUCUUAGCAGGUCUUUGCUGUAUAUUUCCCUUGUUUAUUUUUUACCACACUGUAUAUAUUUGUGUAUGUAUAUUUUGUGUAUUUAUCUAGUUGUGAUGUGUUUCAAUGGGGUCAGGCAGGCAGUUUUAUUAA